AUGGCGAAUACAGCUACAGCCACAGCAGACGAGAGACCUUCCUUUACUGAGUUUCUCAAAAAGACUAAGCAAAAGGUCGCUGGAACGCCAUGUGAAGGCCCUGACUGUGCCACGCCCCAGCGGAGAGGGAGGAAGAGUAGAGGCAGCGUUGGGAUGAGCAGCGAGUCACCCGAAAACAGUAGUGAAGCUUCACCCCAGAAAUCUCGCAAGUCUCUUACUGCAACUGAGAAAGCAAAGCUGCGCCGGACCCAGGUUAGGCGGGCCCAGAUCCAGCAUCGCCAACGCAAAGCAGAAUAUCAGAAGCAACUCGAGCUCGACAUCACUCACUUCCGUGAACUUAUCGCCUUGACGGAAUUUGAGUCUCAACAACUCAAAAAGGACAAUGACUCUAUCAAAGAACUACUAACGAAUAAAGGCAUCGCUAUCCCAAGAUGCAAGUCUGGUACCUGCUCUAUACGUCCCCGUCUCACGAAGGAGGUGGUUGCUGGCGACAAUGAUGCUUGGGUCGAUGACACCCUGGGCGUCAAGUUGAGGGCCGAGGAUCCUACUUUUCAACAAGAAGAAUAUGAUCAAGAUGGCGGAGAGAUAUUUGCCGAUAUCAACGUCGACGACAUUAUUGUUACUCUCAAGAAGGAUGAAUCUAUGGAGACGCCAGCUUUCAGUAUCCGAUCAAACGAAUCGAGCAGCAACGCUACGAGUUCGCCACCGCCCUUACCCGAUCUCAACCUGACUCCUGAUGAGGAGCAAAAGGCUGUCAACUUUAUCCUCUCACUUGAACAUAUCUGUUGGGAUCACUUCUUUGUUGGUGAUUUUCCAUCUCACUCUCACCUCUCCAACGACGAACCAAAAGGCCACUGCCUCAUGGCGUCCUCACUUUGCAUGGCCAAUGCGCCUUUGGAUGUAUUUGGUGACCGCAAGCAAGUCUCUUCAGCAUCAUCUUGCCACAACCGUCGUUCUCUCGGCCUGGAUCCUUACGUACCUCCCGUGCAUCUGGAGUGGCCAUCGCCCCGAAUAUCAUUAUCCUCCCUUUAUGGCCUAGCACAGAGUCUCAACCCCGGCGACUUGGAGAUCACGCCUGUACAAGCCUGGUUCGAGCUAGCGUCACGUUUCGACAAGAGUCUCCUGCUAGAGAGACUGGACUUACUAGGCACGGAACUUGUUGGCGUAUCGAAGUGUCUGGAGUUCGGGGCUGUCAUGGAGAAAGAUGCUUUCGAGAGUGUUGUUGCGAGGGUGUACGGGGGCACUCUUGAAGAAGCCAUGGCUGCCGCCGCGAUUAUUGAUCCACACCUGGGUAGUGUUUGCGAUAUUUCUCGCAUGAGGAAUUUCCAGGCUAACAUUCUCACGAACCAACUAGGCUUCGUGGGAUAUGCUCAGAGCUGA